GGAAACAAACGUGACAAGUGUGUCUUCAUUGGGAGGAUAUCUCGGAGGACAUAUCAACACUGACACAGUCUCCCUCACUCUCUCUCUCUCCCCCUCUCUCUCUUAUUAAAGAUGGCCUCUUAUAACGCUGGUACUGUGGCUGUUCCUCCUCCUCCUCCCACUACAAACACUUCGUUAGAGGCUCAUCAGUUAGCCCAGCAGUACCAACAGAACUCACAACAGACUGGCUCAGUCAUUGAUCCUAAAACUGCUGGCCUCUCUAUGGAACCCGGCUCCUCAAAGAAACUCAUAAAUCACGACAGUCCGCCAUUUUCUCGCGUCUUUGUCGUCUGCAGUAAAGGAAUGAAAGAAGAGGAAGUACAGGAGGCGUUUGCUGUAUUCGGACCAAUUGAGGAUAUAUGGAUGGUUAAAGAUCGGAUGACGAAAGAGAACAAGGGUAUAUGUUAUGUGAAAUUUGAGAGGGCAUCAUCAGCAGCCGCUUCUAUUGAAGCAUUGGAUGGCAAAGUCAUUGGUAGUGACCCUAAACCAAUAAAAGUAAUGAUUGCCUCGUCAAAGAACACUGCCAUUAAAGCUGACUAUAAUGACGAAUCGGCAAGAACCCGCCUCUUUGUUGUAUGUCCUAAGGAAUACAGCGAACAGGAUCUCAAAGCUAAAUUCGAACAUUUUGGAGACUUUGAUUUUUGUAAUAUAAUCCGUGACAAGCACACCGGAGAGAACAAAGGAUUCGGUUACGUCAAGUUCACUCGUGCCUCUACUGCUGCUGUUGCUAUGGAGAACUGUGACAAAGCCUUCAAGGCUGUUCUUGCCGAACCAAAAUCGGCAAAAUUUGCUCGUGAUGCAGCAGCUGCCGCAAUCAGAGAAACACAGCAGCGUCUCAAAGAGGCUUAUCCCUUCAGUGCCUCUCCUACUCACGGGAGUGCCCCGUCUGAAAUAUUCCAGACGUACGGGUUUGGGUUUGAGCCGACUGGAGGGAGUGGAGUGAAAGUCGAGCCUGGUAUCAAUAACAGGCUCUACGUGAUUGUAUCUCCGGCUGUGCAGGAAGAACAGUUGACGAGACUCUUUGAUAUAAUCCCUGGGCUAGACUAUUGCGAUCUCAAGUGUAAUCACACAACAGGCGAGUCCCGUGGUUUUGCCUACAUCACGUACAACACUAUCAAUGCUGCGAUGUACGCCAAGGAGAAACUGAAUGGGUUUGAGUACCCGCCCGGGUGUAAACUAGUUGUGAAAUAUGCCGAAGACCCGCCUAAUAUCCGCUAUGGGCCUCCCAGUCCAACUUUUGAGUCCUCUUAUCAUUAUCACUCACCUCCUCACUCUCCAAUGAGGUCUCCUGUACGCUCCGUCUCUCCCGUCCGUCCGCUUGGGUUUCCAAGACAACGCAGAAACUCUCUGGGAUCCGAGCAUGACGGACGCGUCUUCUUUGUCUGUAAUCCAUCUCCUCCCUCUGAUCAAGUCCUUCGCUCUGUCUUCGGCAGGUUUGGGGUCCUCACUGAUAUAUGGGUUAUCAGGGGAAAGAACUACGGCUAUGCCAAGUUUGUGACGCGUCAAGCUGCCGAGUCAGCCAUAACAGCACUCCACGGUAUGGAGGUGUUUGGUGUGAAGCUGAAGGUCAUGUUGGCCGAUCCUCCGCCCGAGGAAGGAGGAUUACGCAAUAAGCGUCAAAAGACGAGCGCUGCUGGUGGACCUACGAGCUUUCCUCUUGGUCCACCCCAGCCACCUGCAAUCUUUCCCAACAUGUGAAGAAUGAGAAUCCUGUCCCCCCCUCUCUCUCAUCAGACUCAUACAUUAUGUACAAUGUACUUUUUUUCAAUUUUUUCAGUUUACACUGACAUUCCUCAAUUUUCUGUAGAUAUUAUUAUUAUUAUUAUUACUUAUUACUUAUUACGAGACUGUGACCAUGGUAGAAUUCUAACUUAACAUAAUUUGGAACGAUUGACUGACUUUAUUUUAAAAUAAAUCACAAUAUUCAA